GCAGUCUCGGGCCCGUCCUCCCAGGCGGAAGCGGAAGCGGCCCCGCCCACGCAUUAAAAAAAAGAGCGGGUUGGCGGGAGUUGGCGGGCGGCUGUUGCUGAGGGGGGUGACAAGGCGCAGCAGCCAUGCAGGCGUUUCUGAAAGGCCCGUCCGCCAUCAGCACCAGAGCGCCGGCGUCCAAGGAGCGAGGCGCGGCUGCCGCCGCGGGAGGCAGCGGCGAGGGCAAGCGGCUCAAACCCAUCCCUUGGGUGGAGAAGUAUCGUCCGAAGUGUGUGGAUGAAGUUGCAUUCCAAGAGGAAGUUGUUGCUGUGCUGAAAAAAUCCUUAGAGGGAGCUGAUCUUCCCAAUCUCUUGUUUUAUGGCCCACCUGGAACUGGAAAGACUUCCACUAUUUUGGCAUUAGCCAGAGAACUCUAUGGACCUGAAUUGUUCCGACAGAGAGUUCUUGAGUUAAAUGCUUCUGAUGAACGUGGAAUACAAGUGAUUCGAGAGAAAGUGAAGAUAUUUGCUCAGCUAACUGUGUCUGGAAGUCGUUCAGAUGGUAAGGUUUGUCCUCCUUUUAAGAUUGUGAUCCUGGAUGAAGCAGACUCUAUGACUUCAGCAGCUCAGGCAGCCUUGAGACGCACUAUGGAGAAAGAAUCAAAAACGACACGUUUCUGCCUUAUUUGUAAUUACAUCAGCAGGAUAAUUGAACCUUUAACAUCUCGAUGCUCCAAAUUCCGUUUCAAGCCCCUGACAGAUAAAAUCCAACAGCAGAGACUACUGGCUGUUUCCGAAAAGGAAAAUGUGCAAGUUAGCAAUGAGGCAGUAUCUUGUCUUGUUAAAGUGUCAGAAGGAGACUUAAGAAAAGCAAUCACAUUUCUUCAAAGUGCUACUCGAUUAACAGGUGGGAAAGAGAUCUCAGAGAAGGUUGUCACCGAAAUUGCAGGGGUUGUCCCUAAGGAAACAAUUGAUGGACUACUAUCUGCCUGUCAAAGUGGCUCUUUUGAAAAACUGGAAACUGUAGCAAAGAAUCUGAUAAAUGAAGGGUAUGCUGUUGCUCAGCUUAUAAACCAGCUUCAUGAUGAUAUUGUUGAGCGAGAGGAUCUCCCUGACCAGCAGAAAUCUGUUAUUGCAGAGAAGCUUGCUGAGGUAGACAAAUGCUUGACGGAUGGUGCAGACGAGUACUUGCAAUUGAUCAGUCUCUGUGCUGUUGUGAUGCAGCAGCUAACUCAAAAUGGCUAGUUCUUCAGGGAGAAAUUGUGCCAGCUGAAUUUCUCACUUCUGAUCUUCUGAGUGAUUUAUUGAUGUUGCUGUUCUCUCAACUGCAAUCUGUACAUCUGGUUUUGUAAUAAUGACUGCCAAACAACUGAAAAAAUCAUUUUAGGAACCAAACACUUGCUAUUUUGACAUAAUCACUGCUUCACACUUGUAGCUAUACCCCAUCAUUCAUAGGGCUUGAAAGACACAGCUGGAUGGAGAAUGAGCAAGGGCUGCAUGCCACUAAUUGAGUCUAGUUUGUGCUGUCCUCUCACAGUGGUGGGGGUCUUGGAAAUUUAACUAUCAUAGCAGCUAAAGAUGCAGUAGGGUGUUAAUUACAUCAGUCACUGCAUUCUACUAUGCAGACUCCUAAAAUGUUACUUAAGCUGUUUGUCAACAGUGACAGGAACAAGUGUCUUAAAUAUGUCUAGUUUUAACCUGUACUAAGACAACUACCCCUUCUAUUUUUUUUAAACAAAUCUGUUGUGUAUGGGUGUAAAUCCUGCAACCUGAGGGGGAACAGAUGCCCCUUAAUAGUUGGAGACACCUACCCCUUGAAAACAUAACUCUGUGGGGUGAAAUUAUACAUUUUCUUGUAUAAAAUACUUUUAAUAUUAAAAUCUCUAACCCUUAUGAACUCCUUACAUGCUUCUUUGUUACAUAUUUAACAGCCUUGAGACUACCUAAAAGUAGCUUAUAUAGAUCAGUGGUUCUCAAACUUUCUUUUUGCAGACUACUUAAUAUUUCCAAAUGUUUGUACUGUUAGCUAACUCUUGUAAAGUGCUUUGGAUAAAAGUUAUACAAAUAAAAGCACACAACUCACUUUAA